AUGAAAAACGUUGCUAGCCAUUUAUUUCGUGGUAAACAAGCCUCAUCAACAACACCAACACUCUCUUUCUCUCGGUUUUUCAGAGGUGUAGUUUUUGGUGUUGAUACACUUGGUUCAGACUCUAACCUCUCGCUUCGGAAAUCUUUGUCCAAUCAUCAUCAUACAAGGAACACUUCGGUACGCUCUUUCCAUACAUUAUCUUCCUUGUUGGCAAAAGAUGAAGUAACAACAAAAAGUCUUUCUUCUUCUACCGGACCGGGAGGAAACGGAAGUGGUGCUGAGCACAACCAUGUAGAACAACCAACUGCUUCUGAUGAUCCCAACCAAAAAUCAAUCUAUAUGGCACCACAACCAACAGCUAAUAAUAACUCUCCCAUUCAAGUAGUGUCCACAAUAGUUCUCUCCUUCACUAAUUACGAUGAGUGGACAAAGGAAGAAGUUGCUUCUAUCCUUUGUAUGAAGAAAGGUGAAGGUGGAGCCUCAUUGACCGUUGAUGAUGUCAAACCUCUCGUUGACGCUGGUUUCAAAGGAAACUCUCUUGAUAACAUUGUAAAGGAUAUCAAAGAGGUCGGAAGGCUAGCUGCUAUUGCCUCCUUGUCUCAAAGCAAAGACUGUGCUCAAGUUCCGUCAAGUACUUGCAAGACUGUUGUUAAUUGGGUCAAUGAAACAUUAAUGCCCAAACUUUUUCGUUUGUGGGACAAGGAUCAAACAAAGGAUGCAUUGUGCCAAUCAAAACUAAACGGUGGGGCUGGAUUAACCAUAGAGCAAGCUCAGCCUUUCUAUGAUGCAAAAUUUGAUGGAACAACUCUCUCAAAGAUUGUGUACGAACUCGAAAAAGCUCAACCAAAUGGGAAUGAACUCUCUGCAAAUGAUAUCAUGAAACAAAUAAUUGAAAAAUAUAUUGGCCCACCUCCAAUCACAUGCGAAACUGUAGUCAAUUGGGUUGUAGAUGAGUUGAUAAAAAAAGACAAGAUAUCAAUACCAUUGUUAACCUUUGAGAAGAACCUUCUUGAGGAAAUAGAACAAGCAUGCCAUAACAAGGAAAACGAUUUCCAAAAGUUUUAUUCUAACACACGGAACGAGUUGGCAACCAAGAACCCUAAUAAGGUGUUGACUAUUGAUAAGGUAAAUGAAUUUGAGCAAACAUUACGCGCAAAGACUACUAUUCCUUCUGUGAAAGUUAGAUUUGGCUAUCCAAACUUUUAUGAACGAUAUCGGUCUACUAAAUUGCCAUUAAUAGGUGAUUCAAUUGCCAAACAUGAAUUACCAUAUUUUACACAAUUCCAUAUCACUACAGCAAAAGAUGAUGACUUAUUGAAAAGGGUAGACGAGAGUAAACGAAGCGCCUUAAUGUUUAUGGGUCCAUCCGGUGUUGGCAAGACAUCAACUUGCGUGCGUUUAUUAUGCCACAAUCCUGGAAUGAUUUUAACAUGUUCUUCAACAUCCGAGGCAUCUAGUGGAUUGACAACUGAUGCAUUGAUGUGUCAAGCAUUUUGCUACUUAAAUGGGAUGAAGGCUUAUGAACUUUUUGGCUCGGUUGAACAAAUAGUACUAUUUGUAUUCAUCUGUAGAUUGAUUUAUAUUUCAAAGCUAAUUGAUGAAGCCAAACAAAUGCCAACUGUAUUUGAAUACUUUGUUCAGAGAGAUAAGGAUGGAAAUAUUAUUAAUGGUGGAAUACUUCCAUAUCUUGCGUAUAUGCAAUCAAAUGGCAAAACCGACGCCAGUCAAAAAGCUCUAGAGUACACAUUGGAAUAUGUUUAUUCUUCUCCGGAUGUCUUGAGGGGAUUUAUUGACAACCUAGUGACCAAGAUAAUUGAUUCACUUAAUGACAAUUCUGCUCUAUUUGGAAUAGUUAAGAAAAUUGAACAUUUUGUUGUGGUUAUUGAUGAAGCAAAUGUUUAUGCAAGAAAAAAUACUGACUCUGAUGCUGGUAACUCUUACAUAGGUGGUUGUGAAAAGCUUUCCGAGUUAAUAAGUUCGAGUGGUGAGAAGAGAGGACUUUUAACCAAGUUUGCACAGUUAAUUGGUACCAUAAGGAAAUUUCAUGUAUCUAUAUUUUCUGGAACUAAUUUUUCUGUCGAUGUAGGAGGUAUUAUACAAUCAGCUCUUGGUAAAACUGAAGCAAAGAUUGAUAUAGUUAAAAUAUUUGACUUUGGUUUGAUUGCGCGAGAUGAUACCAUUUCAUUUUUGGAAAAACAUAUCAAUAUACCAGACAACGAGAAGAAAGAGAUUUUAUUCUAUUUACAUGAAAAAGGGUACAAGUACUUUAGAAGAAGAUUAAUCACAUGGGCAUUAGAAAAACUUUCUCCAAAGAACGACCUGAUAGAGGCUAUUAAGAAGGUCAUAAAGCUGUUUUUAUUGGCAGCAAAAAAGAAUAUAAUAGAUCGUUAUAACGAAACCUAUAAUUCGAAGUUGGCUCUUCGAUUAGAAACACAACAGGCAAUUCAACAAGGAAUUCAAGACGCCGUUGUCAAAUAUGUUGCUCAUUAUCGUUUUCCAUUUUUAGGUUCUGAGUUUAAGGUACACAUAGAUGGUGUUGCUGAUGCUUUACUCUCUUCUGGAUUUUCUGGACCAGAAAGCACUGCUUUUGAAAAAUACCAGACCAGACGUUAUUUUGUGUUUUCCGCAAAGGACUUUCUUGGAUACAUACUUGGACUAAAAUUUCUAAAGGAAAUAUUACCCAACAAGGAUGAUCCGAAAUUGAAAGCAUCAAAUGAUUCAGAAUUGAAAGAAUUGGAUGAUUCAGAAUUGGAUGAUUUAGAGUUGGAUGACUCAGAAUUAUUUAAAGAAUUGAAUGAUUCAGAAUUGAUGAAAAGGAUUAUUCAAGAAAUGAUCAAAUUGCUCCUGGAAUCUUCAGAUCACAACAUUGAUUUGGAAUCGAUUGUUAUGUUAAGACUUGCAGAGUUGGACGGUACACGUUUAUCUGACAUUGGUUGUUUCAAGCCACUAAUCACCAACAAUCCAAACCUAAAAGACCAUAUAUUCAAGUGCAAACAUUGUUUAGAUCCAAAUGGAUAUAUUGAGUACUGUAUUUCUAAAGGCGUUAUACAACCAAAGAAGAAGAAAAAUUUAAACGGAGAACAGUUGUUCUGGACACACUUUGCCGAGAAGAAGUGGGAUUUACUUGAUGGGGUUUUUAUUACUCUAUCUAAUUCACACCAUAACGACCUGUUUGGUAUUAAUAGAAUUGAUGGCUCUACAAAUUUGAUCAUACCAAUGGGUUUCCAGUGUAAAGUUCAAGCUGGAACUAAAUUUGAUCCACAUUCAUAUUUUAGUUCCACUAUCCCUGAACUAUUUUAUCUCGAUAAUUAUGGAAAAUUGAAAUCUGAAACCCUUUACAAUUUAAAUAGUAAUCAUAUUGAAGAAACUAAGAUUAACAAUGUAAAUUGUUUCGUUGUGAAGGAUAAUUCAAAAAAGAUUAUAGAUGAUGUGAAUGGUAAAGGCAUGAAAGUUAAUUCAAGUGCAAAAUGGUAUAAUGAUAUCAGAAAUGAUGUUUUAGAAGUAUUUAAAUCAUCAAAGAUGAUGCAUGUGUGUAUUGGACUUCAUGCAACUGAAACAUUUUCGAAAGAGGUUGUUAAGAAAUAUCAGAAAAACUAUUUGUGCUCCUUUAUUGACAUGAGUAAUUAUGACUCACUUUUCGAUGGAAAACAGGAGACAUAUUUAAAGAACUUUUUAAACACAGUGGCAGAACGAGUGAAUAGCAAUAAUAAGACGAAUAACAUGAAAUAG